AGAGGAGAAACACCCCAGCUCAUGACAUACCAAGUCAUUCUCAUCCCUUAGAUCACACUUAAUGCUGGACAAGUGUUAGAAUCAAUCAGCUGGGUAUAUAACGUGUGUGAGUGGAGCAUUACAGAUGCCAAAGCAGCCUUUUCCUCAGACCUCCUGCUCACUUUCCUUUGGGAAUAAAAACACAGCUACCCAUUGUGUUUUGGUUAUCAAUCUAGACUUGUUUGUAAGGGUGGAGCUAUAUAGGCUUCUCCACUUUCAACAUCUUUUCACUUCAUUCUGCGCUUACUUUCAAGGAUAUGGGGGAGCAAAAUAAAAUAUUAUCCCGUCCCAUUUUCCGCCGAGAUGUCAGCUGGGACCCUUUCCCAAACUGGACGCAGCCGAGCCGAAUCUUUGCGCAGGAUUUUGGCCUCCCUCCCUUCCUGGACCCCAGUGAUCUGGACUGGAUAGACUGGUCGAAAAAGAGACUGGCGUCUUUCUCUUGGCCUGGCUACGCUCAAACUCCCCUGCUGCCUCCUUUCAGUAGUCAGCACCCUGCAGCGUUAAACCAAAAGGGUCUGAGACAACUGACAAGUGGAGUGUCAGAGAUCCGAACAGGGCAGGACAGCUGGAAGAUCAACUUGGAUGUCAAUCACUUUUCGCCUGAGGAAAUUACAAUCACAACCAAGGAGGGUUAUUUGCAAAUAUCAGGAAAUCAUGAAGAAAGGCAGGAUGUGCAUGGAUCAGUUUCUAGGUGCUUCACCCGCAAAUACAAGCUACCACAGGGGGUGGACUUGCAGCAAAUCAGUUCUUCACUGUCUGGCGAUGGAGUUCUGUCCAUAGAGGCCCCCGCCCCCGGGACGUCUAUCAACAACCCAGUCAAUGAGAUCGUCAUACCUGUUCAGAUUAGACAGACGCAGGACGGUGAAAAGUGAAAAGAAUUUGAAACUACAAUCAGCAAGUUCUGUGUAGCAACCUUUGUAGCAUGGGCAUGACAAAGACAGAACUAUACUGUUAUUUACUGUAACAACAAGCUUGUUUUCCUGCUAUAAGAUACUGAUACUAUUGUGCAUUGUCAUCCUUUCAAGACCACGUGACAAUUACUUUUGGUUUCAAAAUCAAAUGCAGAGUCAUCAAUAUAACAAAAACCGACUCAGAGAAGAAGGAAUUAUUUUUGCUGGUCAAAGCUUAAAAAAGGAUUAGCAUGACCUUGCAUUUCUAACAACACUUCAUCACAGCUGUAGCUGUGACCUUACAUGACCUGAGGGACUGAGGAGAUUAUGGCUGACAAUACUGGCCAAGAAUGGACAGUUAAAAUUGACUAUUUAUAUCCAAACAGCUUAUUUACUUAAUGACAAAAUGUCAUGUUUCUCAAAUGAUGCUUCCGUGUAACAUGGCAAUAUAAUCAAUUAAUUUAGUUGAAUUUUGUUGAGCUUGUAGGGAGUACACUGUAAAGGCUGUAGCAUGGAUUAAUUUUAUGGUUUUGUCUGGACAUUGGUGUAUUAAAUAAUCAGCCUGGUGAAGCUGCACUGAAAUAUAAUUUUCCACAAAUGUAUUAAACAAAUUCUGCCAUAUAAAUAAAACAGAUUUAAAUGUU